AUGGAACCCCCAAAGGGGGUGUUGGCUUCUUUGUGGAACUUUAUCUGUUUUCUACCUUACUUCAUUGGCCUUCUCCUUCUUGGCAACUUUAAAGGUAUUCUGUUCUGCCCAUUAAUUUGCCUUAUCAUGACAAUUGGAAACUCGGCUAUCAUAUUGGGUCUUUGGCCGGUACACUUUCUCUGGACUUAUUAUUGCAUGUUUAGAGCUAAACGAUAUGGGCCAGCUCUGAAGAUUGUUGUCUGCAUAUUUGUACUCCCCGUCCAAUUGAUCUCGUGGCCAGUCGUUGGAAUUGUUGGAAGUAUUGUGGGUGGAGCAGCAUAUGGCUUUCUUUCACCAGUAAUGGAAACUUUUCAAGCUGUUGGAGAAGGGAAGACCAAUCAAUUGUACCACUGCUUUUACGAUGGAACUUGGAGCACCAUCCAAGGGUGCUUCACUGUUGUGAGGGAUUUUGGGGAUGUUUGUUACCACACAUACUUCUCGGUUAUGGAUGACCUGAGAGAACAAGGUCCUCCAGAUGCAAAAUAUUAUGAGAUCCGGGUGCUAUAUCUUCCUGGGGCUGUUAUAAUAUCAGUCCUUGGUUUCAUGGUUGAUAUGCCGGUGAUCUCAUUUAUUGCCCUAUGCAAAUCCCCAUACAUGCUCUUCAAGGGGUGGCAUCGUUUGUUUCAUGACCUUAUAGGUCGGGAGGGCCCUUUCUUGGAAACAAUAUGUGUUCCAUUUGCUGGUCUUGCUAUCCUACUCUGGCCGUUGGCUGUUGUAGGGGCAGUGCUGGGAUCAAUGGUGGCCAGUAUCUUUCUAGGUGCUUUUGCUGGAGUGGUUGUUUAUCAGGCCAAACUACCGAAAGAAGGCCAAAUUGGUCCGAACAAAUUCUCGUGGACCCUCUUUCUCAGGCCCGGCUCCUUCCGAAGUGUUCCCUCCCGCUCGGUUUCAUUCACUAAUCCUAUCUUAGAGUUGAAGCCCCUUGAGCUAAUGGAUAGCUUAUUUAAGGAGUGUAAACAUCACGGGGAAAUCAUGGUUUCUGAAGGAAUAAUAACACUUCAAGACAUUGAAGAUGCCAAGUCCAGUAAAGGUAGCAGAGUUAUAAGCAUUGGCUUACCAGCUUAUUGUCUUCUUCAAGCACUUCUGCGAUCUGCAAAAGCCAAUUCAGUGGGCAUAUUGUUAAGUGACAAUGUUACUGAGUUGACUAGUUCAAACAGACCAAAAGAAACAUUCUUUGAUUGGUUUUUCAAUCCGUUGUUGAUCAUCAAGGACCAGAUAAAAGCAGAAAACCUUUCUGAAGCAGAAGAGGCCUACCUUUGCAUGUUAGUUCUGUUGAAUGGUGAUCCUUUGAGGUCGAAAAACUCAAACAUUGUCUCACCACCUGAAUCUGAGCGUAAACAGGCUGAACUUGAUGCAUUUGCUCGAAGGCUCCAAGGUAUCACUAAGUCUAUCUCAAGGUACCCAACUUUUAGGCGUCGAUUUGAGAAUCUUGUGAAUGCCAUAUCUGAUGAUCUUGCCCAGAAUGAUGGUAGCACCAAACCAACCGAUGGACCAAAAACAAUUUCAAGAUCAAAGAGUGCCUUUGCCCGAUUGUUCAGCCAGAAAUCUUUUAGUUUUACAAACAAAACAAGCAAUCAUGGCUACUAUAUUAACCCCAUUCCCACCUCAGACUAUCUCACAUCGCCUGCAGUUAGUUGUUGCACUCUGAUAUUCAUCGUCUCCAUCGUCUCCUUGAGACUACCGAGAGCUUUUGUGUUGAAAAAGCUGCCCAAUAUGGCUAACUGCAACAUGAACUGUGUCAGAGCAACCCUGUUUUUGUUGACCAUUUUCAUCUGUUUUGGCCAUUUCUCAGUCUCUGCCUUUGAGUUCCAAGUAGGUGGAACCAAAGAUUGGGUUGUGCCUCCUACUAAUGACAGCAAAAUCUACAACGACUGGGCCUCCGGAAACCGGUUCCUAGUAGGCGACACCAUCCGUUUUAAGUACAAGAAGGACUCUGUUAUGGAGGUGACAGAGGAAGAGUUCAAGAAAUGCAAUUCAACUCGCCCCAACUUCUUCUCCAACACUGGAAAUACAGUUUACCUGUUAGACCACGCCGGCUCUUUCUAUUUCAUCAGUGGAGCUUCUGGGCACUGCCAGAGAGGACAGCGCAUGAUCGUUAAGGUGAUGUCAUUGGAGGAAUCUCCUUCCAGCGACCGCAGAUCUUCUGGCUCUCGCGCUGCGGUUUUCUCAGUCUUUGUUCAGUUUGUUUUGUCCUAUGUUGCUUGUCUUCUCUUCUAG